AUGAAAAUAACCAACGUGUAUAUUUUUAUCCUUAUUUUACUCUUUAAUAUUUUAUUUGAACCCCAUUUGUGCAAUGUUGUCAUAAAGAGCAGUGAAUCGCAUAUGAACAAGUCUUCCAUUGAUGAAUUGAAUAAGAAGAGGAAAAAGAAGGUGAUAUAUGCAGUUAUUGGUAUAGUGUUGGGCAUGCUUGCCGUAGCCGCAGGUGGAUUCAGAAUGAGUUAUAAAAGCAAGAAGCCUUCCAUAUGGGAUGAUUUAGGCCAGGACGCGCAUGGCAUUUUAAACAGCACAAUAGCACAGGGAAUAUGGAUUGCAAAGAAGAACAUGACCAGGGACACUAUGCCAGUAGAAAAGUUAUUACCGCGCAUGGAUGAAGUGAGAAGUAUAAUAAAAGAAGAAUUGGGACAGAGAAAGUUGGAUAUUGAUAAAUAUGAUCCAUUACAAAUACAAGAUUUUUGCAACUUUUCGAUUUUUAAUAUUAGAGAGUCUAUUUUAUCAUUUCAAAGAAAUCUAAGAUUAGGCAUAUGGUAG